AUGACACUUCACAUGAUUGAUAUUUUUUCACAAAUUCGUGCUAAAGAUAUUAAAUUAUUUACAGAACUUCACAAAAAGAUAUUAAACGAAUUCUCAUGCCUAAUCAAACCGAAAAAUGAGAAAUUAGCGACAUUAUUAUAUUAUAAAUGUUUCAAUUUUGAAAUUUUCAAACCUGAAAUAGAAGAAGAAGAAAUUGUGAAUUUAUAUUCAACAGAAUCUCCUUUAUACUAUAUUGCAUGGGAUAAAGUUGAUGAUCUUAAGAGUAAAUUCCCAAACCUUGAUAUUAAUUGGGAGAUUAAUGAAAUCACACCACUUAAUUGUUCAAUUAAAUAUGGCUCAGAAUUGUGUUUCAAUUACUUGAAAAAUUUAGGAGCUAAAUACACUGAUAACUCCGAAAAAUAUGCUGUUCAAGGCGGAAAUAAAAACAUUUUUAUGGAAAUGAUAGAAGAUGGUAAAUCAUUUGAUAACAUGAUUGAUACAGCAUUGGAUUAUCAUAACUAUGAAAUUGCUAACUACCUUAAAUCAAAUUUUGGACAAACUCCUGAUUCAAUAGCAGAAAGUAUGUAUUUCGGAAAUUAUGAUGUUGCAUCUUAUUUACUUUCUAAUGGAGAAGAUAUCAACAAAAUUUAUAGUUUCCUUCUGUUCAUAUUUAUCAUUGUUUUAUAA